AUGGCCGAUGCCAAGGGUAGUGCUUCUACCUCUCUCAAUGCCACCGAAGGCGCUCCUGCCGGUGGCCGUGUCGGCGCCUGGACCGACACCGAGCGCUUCCAGCUCGUGCUCCGCGUCCUCGCGACUCACCUCCCCGAUGGUAAAGGCGUCGAUUGGAAGAGCAUCAACAUGCCUAACCGCACCCUGAAGGCCAUGCAAGGUCAGUGGACCUCGAUUACCGCCAUGAUGCGUGAGAUCAACGCAGGUGACGGAGGUGACGCCUCCACCCCCAAGGCCAAGACUCCUCGCAAGAAGGCCGCGCCCAAGAAGAAGGCUGCCGCUACCGAGACUAGCGAGAAUGACAAUGAGGACAUUGGUGACGAUCAGAACGAUGGGGAGAACAAGAAGACAGUUACUCCGAAGAAGCGCGCUGCUGCCACCGACGCUGACGGCACUCCCAAGAAGCGUCGCUCCCCUGCCAAGAAGUCAGCCCUUAAGGCCGAGCCCGAGCUUGAGGCCGGUACUGAGGAUACCGAUCUGAAGGAGGAUAACGGUGUUUAG